AUGGGGUUUCUAUCAGAACGUGGCGCCGCCGCCGCCAAGCCGGGAUCGAUCCCUAAACACAUCUCUCUCAUCACGCUGACGUUUCAAAACUCUGCACUGAUCCUCAUCAUGCACUACUCCCGCAUCAUGCCCCCAUCAGGCGACCACCGAUACUUUACCUCGACAGCAGUAUUGAUACACGAAGUCAUCAAGUUUGCCAUUUCUCUCACGGUCGCGAUUUACGAAGCAUCCAAGACUCUGGCGCCUAGCACACCCGCCACCGUGCUUUUCGAACAAAUUUACAACGGAGUCUUCUCCGGCGACGGUUGGAAGCUGGCUCUGCCGGCAGUCUUCUAUACGCUACAAAACUUGCUACAAUACGUCGCCGUUGGAAACCUGGACCCUGUUCAUUUCCAGGUCCUGUACCAGCUCAAAAUCCUCACCACAGCAGUCUUCAGCGUCUGCCUCCUGAACCGCUAUCUGGGGGUCACGCGCUGGGUUUCUCUCAUCAUUCUUACAAUCGGCGUAUCCGUUGUCUCACUUCCCUCCGCCGGCGAAUCGAUCGAGUCUAUCUUCCUCCACAAUGUUGCCGACCACUUCUUCCCGCGAUCUCAGCACGAGCUUGGCUUCCAGCCCGAUAUGGAGAAUAGCGAGCCGCCCGCGCACCUUAGCCGCCGGUCGGCAAGCUACGAGGGAAUCGACGGCGACCGAUUCCCGUCGGAACCAAUCAUGAACUACUCGGUCGGUCUGACAUCUGUCCUCAUCGCGGCCACCGUGUCUGGCUUCGCGGGUGUAUACUUUGAGAAGAUUCUCAAGGAGUCUCCCUGCCACAACAGUGUCUGGAUUCGAAAUCUGCAGCUUGGCGUCUACUCGAUCAUUGCUGCUUUCUUUGGAGGCGUUGUUUGGCAGGACGGGGCCGGGAUCUUGGAGCACGGCUUCUUCGAGGGCUACAACUGGGUUGUGUGGUGCACUAUUGUGCUGCAGGCCGUUGGAGGUGUGAUUGCCAGCAUCGUCAUUAGAGAUGCCGAUAAUAUCGUCAAGAACUUUGCCACGGGCAUCAGCAUCGUGGUUAGCUUCUUUGUCAGUGUCUGGCUAUUCAACUUUCCAGUGACCACCACGUUUCUCAUUGGUACGUCGCUCGUCCUGGCCGCCGUUUGGCUGUACAGUGCUCCCGAGCGCGGCCGUUCACGCCCAGCGCCUCUGCGGAUCGCCAGCUUUGAAAAGCCGGCCAUCGAGAGAACGCUUACCCCAGGCACGACCCCGCGAAGUGUUGAUGCUAGGCGACUCAACAUGGAUCCUUUCGAUGCUAAGGGCUUAUCAUCGAGUCGUCCGAGCAGCCCGGCGCCGACGCCGCGCCAGGUCAGCCGUACCAACUUGGCAAAGCAGCUGUAG